AAUUUAUCACCAUCUUCACUAUUACUUUUUUAAGGUUUUGGAAUUUUUUUCAAGAUAUUUUAUUAGCUGAAGAACAUGACUUUCACAAUUUCGUGGAAUUUUAUUUUAUUUAUUAUUUAUGUAGCUAAACAACGAAAUAUAAAGUGCGAGGAUCUAAUUCAUCUUCUUUUGUCAAGAUGGCUGUUGAACUCUGUGAAUUUCUAGGAUUGUUCCCGAUUUGUUUUUAUCUUUAUUAAAUAAUCAUGUUGAUUUAAUUCCAGGGACUGCAAAUGUGCAGUUUAUUUUAAUACAUCAAGGAUUUUUUCUUGUUUUUUUUUUUCUUCUUAAAAUGCUUAAAGUUUUUUUAUUUAAUUUUAAUUUGAAGACCAAUCCGUUUCAUUUGUUUUUGGCAGUAAUACGUGGAAGAUGAUAUUAAUCUCAUCCCGAUUCUUUCCACAAAACUGUUUAUUGAAUCCACUAAUCAUUAUUCUUUUUUCCCGUUAUGUUUUCUUGUUCUUGCAGAGUCACUGAAAUAUUUUAUUUUGAACUGCGAAACCGUUAAGUUUACUAAAAUAUGGGAAAGAGGAAAAAACGAGGAGAAGCAAAGACGACUCAGUCGGUAGAAAAAGAAAACUGUUCAGACGAAGCAGUCAAAAACGAAACUGAAGAUGGAACUAACAAUCAGAAAUAUACUGUGGAUGAUUUACUGGAUAGAGUUUCUAUUUAUAUGGAGAAUUUUGAUUAUGAACUUGCAUUGAAGUUUUGCCAGAAGGCACUUGGUAUAGAGCCGGACAAUUUGCGUAUCGUGGAAACAUGCGGCAACGUGUGUGCGGAGAUAGGUGAUUUAGAGAAUGCGAAAAUGUAUUAUCGUAAGGCGAUUGAAUUGGAAAAAGACAAAGGCCAUGUCAAGUAUUUAUACCUUGGUCAGAUUUCACAAGGAAUGGAAGCUGUGGGCUAUUAUGAAACUGCUUUAAAAAUAAUGAAGGAAGUCAUUGAAUACAAUGAUAACAACCUUACUACUGACAGUUCAAUUCUUCAAACCUCCCUGACGCAGAGAGAUGUAUCUAGUGUUUACUGUUCUUUGGCUGAAAUUUUCAUGACAGAUUGUUGCAUGAACGAUGGAGCAGAAAAACAAUGCGAAACUUACUGCAAACAAGCUCUUGAAGCUGAUCAAGACAAUCUAGAAGCCUAUACAGUAAUGUGUAAUUUUUUAUUAAGUUCGAACGAUCUAGAGUCUGCCAAGUCUAGUGGAGAAAAAGCUUUUGAGUUGUGGAAAAGGACUACCGAUUCUAAUGAGGAUAGUAUACCAGAACACAUGGCGUAUGAAACUAGGAUAAACUUGAUCAAAAUUCUUCUUGAAAUUGAGUGUUAUGAUAAGGUGUCAUCAAUUGUCGAUCAGCUCAUCGAAGAAAACGAAGAUGAUGUUCGGAUAUGGUAUUACCUGGGUCUGGCUAAAUCUUUAAUGGACUCGAGCGACAACCCGAGGUUUUACUUGGAGAAGGCGCUGGAGCUGUUCGAAAUAUCAGGUUGCGAGGAUGAAGAUAUGUUGCAGCACAUUAAUGAAUUGUUAGUAAAAUGUCCGCUCGAAGAUGAGGUUGCUAUGGAGGCUCUCCCUGAAGAAGAGGAAGAGGAAGAUGCAUCGGAUAAAGAUGUUACGAAUAGUUGUAUGGAUGUUGAGGAAUAGAUAGAUUUUACUUUUAGCAUCAA